CUCGCUCCCUCUCUCUCCUCCGCUCGCUCUCUCUCUCUCUCUCUACUUCGCCUUCUUCCUUCCCCACAGCGCAGCAGCACAGCGGGGAGAGCCCGGGCCGGAACCAAAUCCCAUCCGCCAGAUAACAAACCGGGCCAACGGAUUCUUUUGGCCGUGGCCGCGGCGGCGCGUGGUGACCUCCCCCUCCCCUCCCCGCCCUGUUGCUGCGGCGCCGAGGCCGGCUCGCGCUCCGGCGGCGGCCCCGCUAAACCCUAGCCGGAGCUCGGCACCUUCUUGCUCGCGAGGGCGCCGCCGCUCGCCGCUGCUCCAGCUGCCAGUGCGGGCGCUCGGCGGGUGCCCGGCCGCGAUUCGCGCGCGGGGCGAGCUCCGGAUCGCCGGAUUCGAGCUCCGGCGCGAGGGGGGAACGAGCUCCGCGCCGUGGAGGGGGUGUGUCGCUCGGCGGUUCCCGCUCGAUUCCCGCGGAUCUCGCGGGCGUGCCGGGGGGUGAGGCGAUGGCGACGUGAGUGCUAAGCAGAGGCCGCGCGCGAUCUCGGCAGCGGUUGGUGGUGCGGGGUGGAGGAGGAGGUGUGUCCUCAGGAUGAUGCCGUCGGGCCCGCCCAACCCGAUGGGACCAGGGCAGCCGGUGGGCGGCGCGGCGGCGUCGCUGCUCCGGACGAGCUCCAGCUUGCUCAGCGGCGGCGGCAGCGGCCAGCCAGGGAUGGGUGGAGGUGGCGGGGGCAUGCUUUCUGCACAGUCGCCCUUCUCGUCUCUGGUCUCGCAGCGCACGCAGUUUGGUGGCAAUGGGCUGCUUGGGGGUGCCUCGAGUGUGUCCUCCUUGCUCAACCGGCAGUCGUUUGGGAAUGGGGGCCAUAUGCAGGGUCCAGGGUCGAUGAUGCAAGGUGGUGGGAUCCCAAUGAGCAUACUGCAGCAGAGAGGGGGGAUGGACGGCAUCGGCGAUUUCAUUGGUACGGGAGGGUCGGAUCCUCUGUCGUUCGCGUCCUCCUCACAAGUUAGUUUGGGCAAUCAGAUGGGUUCAGAGAACCUGCAGUCGACUUCACAGCAGCAGCAGAUGGAUACUGUGCAGGAUAUGCAGCAGCAGCAGCAGCCAAUGUCUUACAACCAGCAGCAGUUGCCACCACAAUCUUCUUCGCAGCAGCUCCAGCAGCCACAGGCUACAGUGAAGUUGGAGAAUGGAGGAAGCAUGGUUGGCAUCAAAGCAGAACAGCAGAUGGGGCAACCUGACCAGAAUGGUCCAGCCCAGAUGAUGCGUAGUGCUGGUGGUGUGAAACUUGAGCCACAGCAAUUGCAAGCCCAGAUGAUGAGGAGCUUGAGUUCAGUCAAGAUGGAGCAACAGAGUUCAGACUCAUCAGCUUUCUUGCAGCAGCAACAGCAGCAGCAGCAGCAGCAGCAGCAACAACAACAGCAUUUGUUGCAGCUGACAAAGCAGAUUCGAAAUUGUCCAGACCUUGUAUCAAUGGGUGGACCAAACACAAUGGCAAACCCUCAAGCUGCUGCGGCUGCUCAACUUAGCCUCUUGCAACAACAACGGCUCCUUCAUAUGCAACAGCAGCAGCAGCAACAGAUUCUAAAAAACUUGCCUUUACAGAGAAAUCAUUUGCAGCAACAGCAACAGCAGCAGCAGCAGCAGCAGCAGCAACAGCAGCAGUUACUUCGACAACAAAGUCUAAACAUGAGAACUCCAGGAAAAUCACCUCCUUACGAGCCAGGAACCUGUGCAAAGAGAUUGACCCAUUACAUGUAUCAUCAACAGAAUAGACCACAAGAUAACAACAUUGAGUACUGGAGAAACUUUGUCAAUGAGUAUUUUGCUCCAAAUGCUAAAAAAAGGUGGUGUGUCUCGCUGUAUGGAAGUGGUCGUCAAACGACUGGAGUUUUCCCUCAGGAUGUCUGGCACUGUGAGAUCUGCAAUCGGAAACCUGGCCGUGGUUUUGAAACAACAGUUGAGGUACUACCACGAUUAUGUCAAAUCAAGUAUGCCAGUGGUACACUGGAGGAACUUUUGUACAUCGACAUGCCACGUGAGUCCCAGAAUGCAUCCGGUCAGAUUAUUUUGGACUACACGAAAGCAAUCCAGGAAAGCGUCUUUGAGCAAUUGCGUGUGGUUCGUGAGGGGCAUCUAAGGAUAGUCUUUAAUCCAGACCUCAAGAUUGCAUCUUGGGAGUUCUGUGCUAGGCGUCAUGAGGAACUUAUUCCACGGAGAUCUAUAAUACCACAGGUUAGUAAUCUUGGCGCGGUUGUACAGAAGUACCAGGCUGCAGCCCAAAAUUCAACGAGUGUGUCGGCUCAGGAAAUGCAGAAUAAUUGCAACUCGUUUGUUACAUGUGCCCGUCAGUUGGCUAAAGCCCUGGAGGUGCCUUUGGUAAAUGAUUUAGGAUACACAAAACGAUAUGUUCGCUGCCUUCAGAUUGCUGAGGUUGUAAACUGCAUGAAGGAUUUGAUUGAUCACAGCAGAAAUACUGGAUCUGGACCCAUUGAUAGCUUGCAUAACUUUCCCCGGAGGACUGCUUCAGGGGUUAACCCUCUUCAACCACAGCAGCAACAGCCUGAGGACCAGCAGGCUAUUCCCCAGAGUUCAAAUCAGAGUGGUCAAAAUUCUGCUCCUAUGACCGGUGUGCAGCCUUCUGCAUCUGCCAAUGGUGACGUGACAUCAAAUAAUUCUCUCAGUUGUGCACCUUCUACAUCUGCACCUUCACCUUCUGUUGUUGGGCUCUUGCAAAGUUCAAUGAAUUCUAGACAAGAUCAUCCGAUGAGCAGCACUAAUGGUGGUCCAUACAAUGGUGGAGGAAAUGCGACGAUUCCCAAGGUGAAUUCAACAAGCUCACUACAGUCAAAUCCAUCUGCCUCUUUCCCUUCCCCAGUACCUACAGCAUCCAAUAACAACAUGAUGCCUGCUUCUCAAAAUACAAACCAACUAAGCUCCCCGACUGCAUCGUCAAGCAUACCUCCAAUGCAGCCACCUGCUAGUCGACCUCAGGAGGCUGAGCCAAGUGAGUCCCAAAGCUCAGUUCAGAAAAUAUUGCAAGAUUUGAUGUCAUCACAGAUGAACGGAGUUGGUCAGUCAGGGAAUGAUAUGAAGAGACCAAAUGGACUAACCCCUGGUGUUAAUGGGGUUAAUUGCUUAGUUGGCAAUGCUGUCACAAAUAACUCAGGAAUGGGAGGAAUGGGGUUUGGGGCUAUGGGCAGUUUCGGUCAUGGGAUGAGAACAGCAAUGACGAACAACCCAAUGGCCAUGGCCGCAAGGAUGGGAAUGAAUCACAGUGCACAUGACCUAUCACAAUUGGGUCAACUACAUCAGCAGCAACAGCAACAGCAGCAGCAUGACAUAGGAAACCAGCUAUUGGGCGGACUUAGGUCAGCAAACAGCUUCAAUAACAUGCAGUAUGACUGGAAACCCUCACAAUAGAGUAAACAGGAACGUUACUGUUCCAAUUUGAUGCUGCAUUUGCCCUCCCUGGGCAAAUUGCUUAUGCAGCAUCAGUUAUGGUGCCAUAACCUCCCCUGGGUCAGUAGCAUUUGUGCUUCGCGCUGAUGUUGCCAUAAAAGGGUGCCAUAAGUGAUAGCAAGCAUGCCAGCUGGUAAAUGCAAGUCUGUAACUGUCCGUUUAGCUACCUACCUCUGUGUGUGCUACUCCCCUAGUUUUACAACAUUUGCCGAUUUUACUGGGAGUUGCAGUUUCACAAUGUGUCACAUUGCUUGUCCACUCUUUACCCCUCUGUUAAUGUUGUGAAAAAGCUAAGUAGCUGUAGAUUCUUAUAGUAGGGCUGUGGGCAUUCCUUGGUAACUCUUACAUGGAUGAAUAUUCAUGGACAAAUAUUGCGGAACGGAGAGACAAGACUUGCAAGACCGGUUUGGAACCCACCUAAGUUGGGUUCCUGGUGCUGCCUGCUUCUUGCAAGACCGGUUUGGAACCCACCUAAGUUGGGUUCCUGGUGCUGCCUGCUUCAGGUAUCAUGCCGAGGAAGCAUAUUUUGGCAUACGAUAGUGCUUGGUGGUAUUUUUUUACCUGGAAAAGAAGUUUUGCCUGUAUCGGAUGACAUGUAUUGCAUCACCCUCUUUGUAAUUUAUCACCCGUCGCCCCUUAGGAAUCCACCUGAGCUGAUAUACUGUCUUUGCCUGAGUAUUCUCCCUUUGUAGCCUUACUCUGUAUAAUUGCCAUACUGACUAGCGGAAGAGUAUCAUUGUUUUCUUAGUC